AUGGCCUCUAUGCCGGGGGCUUCUGAAAAGGCUUCUGAGGACCCAACACGGCCAACGCAUAUCAACGUCACCGCCUCGGCCUCAUCAAACAUUCUGCACAAGCACAACAACGGAACACCGUUUACAGUCACCCUCACGGCUGUUUUACCCAUUAUGCCUAAUGAGGUUAGCAAGCCUCUUACAGUGUUUAUCCACGACACUCUGCUCGACCCCAAAGGGAAUGUUUUCUUCCAGGGUGGCCUUGAGCUGGUGAGCUCUGAUUCUGCUGAGCAGACUCAAGCGCCAGAGUCUGGACCGCCUCAGACCAGUAUAUAUUAUUCCUCCAAAGACCUCUACACCGUCGAUCGUGAAAAUGAGCAAUAUUUCGUGACUCUUCAGCCAGGUGUGCCUUACCGAGUGACCCAUACCAUGAAGGUUCGACAAAAGUUCUCAAUGAAAAGUGCAUAUGACAAGGUGUCAUGGGUGUCGCAGUUCGGACAAACUCAAGGGAUCAAUAUUGGCGCAACUUAUAAGGUCGAGUUUGGAGAAAGCAUGAGCUAUAUCAGGUGGUUUCGACGCGGAAAUAAGGAAGAAGUACUUAGCGGAUACGAGGGUUUCUGGGGUCACCUUCGACGCCUCACCUGCUUAAAACGGAAGCCAAAAGAUCGGAUUGGCGAUUCGGAUAUGCGUCCUAUCCCGCUUAUCCAGCUGAACGAAGUUCCUGUGACCGUUACAUUCUAG